AUGUCAUCUGCGGAGGUCGAUGCAAUCGUCACCUUUUUCUCUGAAGAGAUCUUGGCGACGUAUUGCCAGAUGUCGGUUGGAGCCCUCUAUUUCUAUGACUGGCUGAUACUCUUCGACAAAGAGACUUCUCUAUUCUGGCGACGCCCCAUCACCGGUGCCGGCGCACUAUACUUCCUCAACAAUUCUUACAUAUUAUGGGCUGUGUUCUCCGGUCUACGGGCCUUCGUUCUGAGCCAGAGCUGGAUGAUCGGCACUUUGGUGCUCAUCCUCUCUUGUGCGCCAAUAGGCGUCAACUAUACCCAGUUAGGAUUCCACUACUCGGGUCUGCCCGAACCUCUGGUGGGGUGUCUCAACGAGACCGAGUACCCGCCGAACCUGUCGACUCACUCGGGCCCCAAUGUUUCCGUAGUUAUCGUCCUUGCCAGGGCGCCGCUCAUUGUGGCAGAUAUCAUUAUCAUAGCCAUCAGUUGGUGGAGGCUGCGUGGGCAGCUUACUUGGUCUCAAGCUCUCUUCACGAAGCGGCUCACGCUGGCCAAGGUUUUUCUGCGAGAUGGUAACGUUGAAGAGCUUUACGCGGUCCUUGGAGCAACUGCUGAACGACUCUCUUCCCACCCACCAGGUACCAUAUAUUUCAUAGUGUUACUAGUAUUCAACGUCCUCCACAUGGCAUUUAGCUUAACAUCUGUCUUCAGCGGCGGAGGGGAAGGAAGCAACAUCACCGCAUUCACCGAUCCGAUCACGGCCAUCUUGAUCUCGCGCUUCCUGCUGAACAUCCAAGAGGCCAACUUGAAGCCGGUGCACUUUUCGACCGAGGACUCGCCCAUCUUCACUUCUCGCUCGACCCUCGGCCGACCCCGCGCUGCGGGAGAUGGCGGGACCGCGACGCUCAGGUUCGCGCGGUUCGUCGACUCCAUCGGGGCCGAACUGGAGCCCGAAGACUUCCUGUCCGGGCUCAGCAGUGGAUCAUGGAAGGGCUCGGAGAAUAUGGCCAUGAUGGAAGAAGUCGGGGACGCAGACGGUGAUCGGAGGAGGGGCGAGGAAGGGUUCGACGAUGCGCCGGCGCAUGAUAUACUGGAAAUCUACGAAGUUCCCCGCGAUGUCAAAUGA